AUGUACCCAGCCCGUUACAAGUCUUGGUUUCCCGUGGACUCUCAAGAAUCAGACUCGCAAAGCAGUUAUGCUUCUCAACCCAUUGACUUUGAUCAGUUUUCAUACCAGUUUGAUCCUUCUCAAUUCCCGCACAAUGAUCUGAGCCUCAGUCCGAUUGAUAUUAAUGUGUAUUCUCUUGAUGAUCUAGCGCCAGCAGCUUCCAUCAACUCUAAUACCCCCAUUCUGUUUUCUCAUGCACUGCCAUUACCCAUUGGUCAAACAGGAACACGAUCUGAAGCACCCAACACUGCGGCUAUACCUUUUUCUGAUGAUUCUGACACUUUGGCUCUUGAUUCCGUCACAUUACUCAAAUCAAACACGCCUGCUGAUCUUAUGUGUCUAUUUUCAGCAAAUCUUAUCAAUAGGCGCGCUGGAACCCACCGGUGGGAAGUUGAGUGUCCAGACUGCAAAGCAUGGAUCAAGACCACCCUUCCAACCCAGAUUCUUAGUGAUCUAGAUGCUCUAGGGUAUUUCAAUACUCUCAGCGAUCACCGGCAGGGUAAAAAGUGUUUGAAGGGCCUCAAUCAAGCAGAUUCAUCGCCAUCACUGAGCACAGCCAGCUCCACCUCGAGUAUUUCACCUCAUUUUACUCCAUCCAAAACAUCACAUGCAACGGACGUAAAUGUGUGCCCUGGGGUUCCGAUACAUUGGCCUGUUCUGGGCCCUUCAUUUCUUGAAACCUUUCCUGUUGGUCGAGCUUCCGCAGGCCAAGGAGUCCUUCCUUUCAGCAUUGACACGCAUGGCAGUAUUCCUCACGGAUACUCUCUUAAUUGUACAGGUUUCACGACGACACCAAUGUCACCUUGCAGUGGGUGCACUGAGGUUGAGGGAUUCAUCAAACACCUCCUCUCACUCGCUCAAGACAUCAAACCACACACCAGAUACCGAUUUCUAAGUCACUCUGACAUGGUCAAUAGAGGAAGUCAAACUGGGCGAUUCACGCACCGAUUCUGA